UGGCUAAUUGGGACAUAUGUGGUCCAGUUGGGGGCUAGACGAGGCAUUUUCCGGGUACUACGACUCGAGCUCGCCGGACGGGGCGGCGUCAUCGUCAGCGGCGUCGAAGAAUAUUGUGUCGGAGAGGAAUAGGAGGAAGAAGCUCAAUGAAAGGCUGUUUGCCCUUAGAGCAGUGGUCCCCAACAUUAGCAAGAUGGACAAAGCUUCUAUUAUCAAGGACGCAAUUGACUACAUCCAAGAGCUACAUGAACAAGAGAGAAGAAUCCAAGCAGAAAUAAUGGAUCUGGAAUCAAAUAAAACUAAGAAGAUUAAUCCGGGAUAUUAUCAUCAGGAUCAUUUUAUUGAGCAAGAGCUUCCCAUCUUGCUGAGAUCAAAGAAGAAGAAAACUGAUCAACACUUGUAUGAUUCUGGAGGGUCAAGAAAUUGUUCUACUUCCCCUAUUGAAGUCCUUGAGCUAAGGGUGACGUACAUGGGGGAGAAGACUUUGGUGGUGAGCUUGACAUGUAGUAAAAGGACAGAUACAAUGGUGAAGCUUUGUGAGGUUUUCGAAUCUUUGAAGCUCAAAAUUAUUACAGCUAAUAUUACUGCUUUCUCUGGGAGGCUUUUGAAGACAGUCCUCAUUGAGGCAGAUGAAGAAGAAAAAGAUAAUUUGAAGAUAAAAAUAGAGACUGCAAUUGCAGCUCUAAAUGAUCCACAUAGUCCUAUGAGCAUAUGAUUUCACGAGAGCCGUUUGAAGAUCAAGAUCUAAUUUGCCCUUUCUAUAAGAGAAAUGGAUGCGAGGUUUUCUUUCUGAUAUAUCAAGUUUCACUUCACCACUACUCUUCGUUGGGGGGUUUUUGGAGUCUCAAGGUGUUUAAAAAAGAGAAUCUUUUGGCUUUGGGAAAAUUUUCAUAAUUUUUUUUCUUAGUUAAAAAUGAUCUUGAAAAUCUGUACGUCAGAAAUAUUGUCUUUUAAUAGAAUAAUUGGGGUUGCCGAACGUGUUCAGUAGCAAA